UUCAGUAAAAUUUUAAAUUAUUACAUUUUUUGUUGCAUUUAAGAUACGAGAAUGAUGAUUAAUACGAGCAUGCGUCAAAUCAUCUCCCACACACUUUUUUCGAGUGUGUUUGCGGUUUUCGUGGUUAACUUAGUUCAAUCAACUGAGCUGGACUGCAUGAACCAGUUAGAAAGUUCGAAAGGACGAUGCUUCUUGACUCUGAGGAAUCAACAACAAUGUUGUCACGUUUUCGCGUCUGAAGCAUGUCGGGAGGAGCUUUCGACCCCGGACGACGACGCCCCGCCGUUUGUAGGCUUCAUUCCCAAUUCGCUGGCCUUCGAUAGAGACAGAAAUCAACUGUGUCUACAUGGACUUGACAUGAGAACUGGCGAGAAAACCAGCAGCUUGUACGGCUUCCAGAUCUACGCGAGGAAAUGGCACAAAGAUUGGACUAAAGAAGAAGUGACCUCCCUUAACUAUAUGCUACCAAAAAGCCCCCGGUUUCCUUCAGUGGUCCCCAAGGACCCCAAACUCAACCCCCUAAAGGACAUCAUCAUUUGUUUUGACCUCGGGACAGAGAUUAAAUCCACGAUACCAG